AUGACUUUGCAGUAAUGUUCAUGCUCAAACUGUAAAACUGUUGCUGCAAUUCUGACUUAAUGUGAAACAAAAAGAGGAACAAUGAGCUAUCUCUUUAUUUGGUUGGCUUGUUCUCCACACUUCAAUUCAGCAUAAGACGUGGCAACUGAUGUUCAGGGAAAGGUUCUUACUCUUCUUAUUAAAAGAAACCUACAAUGAUGAACUUCUCCACGAUGGGCAUCAGAGAUUUAAACAACACUGAUCAUCUUGAGUGUCCUGAGAUGUUUGACUUCAAUACCCUCAGUGGUGUUUUCUUCAUUUUGGUCUUUAUCUUAAGUCUUAUAGCCAAUGUUCUCCUUGUAUGUGUUGUUGUCAUCUAUGAGAAGGUGAAAAAUGUCACAAAUGUCUUCAUCCUAAACCUGGCAUGCGCAGAUUUGCUCUUCACCAUCACACUUCCAUUCUGGGCUGUCUAUCACAUGCACCACUGGGUCUUUGGUGAUUUCGCCUGCAAAUUCAACACUGCUGCGUACUAUGUUGGUGUGUACAGUAGUGUCAUUCUGCUGACUGCCAUGACUGUGGAUCGUUUCAUAGCAGUGGUGCUGCACAACUGGCCAUGCAACCCUGUAAGGAGGCAGAGGUGUGCAAAGGUUUUCUGUGCAGCUGCCUGGAUCAUCAGCAUUGCUGCAUCUGUGAGCGAUGCAAUCAAAGUAAAGGUGGUAGAUUGGGGGAAUAAUGGCAUUGGGUGUGAGGAGGAAUCUAAUGAAGCUGAUGUCAACCUGGCAAAUCAUCUUCAAGUGUUACUGCUCUUCUUCUUCCCAUUUGCCAUCAUAGCUUUCUGCUAUUCUGCCAUCCUCUGGACAGUCUUGCAGGCCUCAAACAGAAAAAGGUACAGGACUGUAGUCAUGGUGUUAUGUAUUGUCAUAGCAUUUUUCAUCUGCUGGGGACCUUACAAUAUUAUGUUUUUGAUUGCAUCUUUUCACGAGUUGAAAGACUGUAAUGCAAGAGAAAAUUUCUCCAUGGCCUUUGAAAUUUUUCGUAUCCUUGCUUUUUCUCACUGCUGUAUGAACCCUCUGCUGUAUAUGCUCUCACAGAAGUUCAGAAGACAUCUCAUGCAACUUUUACGCUGCAACAAACCCACAAGGUAUAUCACCAAGCGAGGCAAUGGCCGGAGCACUUCUAUCUUUCAAAACUUAGCCUUUAGAACACAAAGCUCUACAGUUAUGUCUGAAGUGCCGUCCAAUUAGACAUUCAGCUUUGUAUAACGUAUUCACGUGGUUCAGAAAGUUUGUGUUUAUGUAACGUUAGUUUGAUUUAAAAAAUGAUUUUGCACAUUUCCAUUAAGAAUCUAUGGCUCUGUUUCAAUUUAAAGUUUUUAAUGUGGUAAGUUAAUGACAAAUAUGUAUAGUCAAAAUGAAAAGCAUUUUGUGUGUAUAAUUGUAUGUGGCAAAGCUGUCACCCUUUAACAUACUUUGCCCUUUCAACUGAACUUUGCUUUGUUGUUACUUUGAUAUUUGAAUAAAGUGGAAUCUAAUUUCA